UUCAAAUUCCCCCUUUGACCUACCUACACUCCUCGCUCUCUCUCUCUCUCUCUCUCUCGUCUCAAUCUCUUUCACUCGAUUCUCUCUUUUGCUCUCGAUCUUGUUUCUUUGGGUUCGUCACGCAAAUCCGCCAUGGAAGAUCAACAUUCACAAAUCUGCUACGACGGUGUCUCGCCGUGUGAAUCGAAGGGAUACUCUGCUGACAAUCACGAUCCCGAUGCUGUGGAAGAAAGUGAGGAUACUGUUACAAGUGGGAGCCGAGAAGUUUCUCCAGCAGGUGGACCAACGCUUCCAAUUCUGCAGAAGAUUGUUGAUUUGAGUAGCAAAAUCAAGAUCUUGAAGGAGGAACAUGCGUUGGUAUCCAACCAAGUAAAAGAAAUCAAGAAUUGUUCUUUCGUUGAACCUGAAAUGUCAAAGGCUCUCCAGCUCUUGAAUACUGAGCUUGAAACUCUGAAAAGGCAGUACUUGGAAGAGUCGUCAGAGAGGAAGCGGUUAUACAAUGAAAAUAUAGAACUCAAGGGAAAUAUCAGGGUCUUUUGCAGAUGCAGGCCUCUUAACCAAGCUGAAGUAGGAAAUGGCUGUGCUUCUGUAGUUGAGUUUGAUGCCUCCCAUGACAACGAGCUUCAAAUACUUUCAACCGAUUCCUCCAAGAAGCAUUUUAAGUUUGACCAUGUGUUUAAGCCUGAGGAUAGCCAAGAGACUGUUUUUGCACAGACAAAACCUAUAGUUACUUCCGUGCUGGAUGGUUACAAUGUCUGCAUAUUUGCCUAUGGCCAAACUGGAACUGGAAAGACAUUUACCAUGGAGGGAACGCCAGAGAAUAGAGGAGUGAACUACAGGACAUUAGAAGAAUUGUUUCGCUCUUCAGAGAGUAGAAGCCGUCUCAUGAAGUUUGAGCUAUCUGUUAGCAUGUUGGAGGUUUACAAUGAGAAGAUAAGGGACCUCUUGGUUGAUAACUCAAACCAUCCUCCUAAAAAGUUGGAAGUUAAGCAAUCAGCAGAAGGAACACAAGAAGUCCCUGGAUUAAUCGAAGCACAAGUUUUCAACACAGAUGAAGUGUGGGAUCUGCUCAAGAGAGGAUAUUCUGUUAGAUCUGUGGGAUCAACAGCUGCAAACGAGCAAAGCAGCCGCUCUCAUUGCUUGUUGCGAGUGACAGUGAAGGGAGAGAAUCUCAUCAAUGGCCAGAAAACCAGAAGCCAUCUUUGGCUGGUGGACUUGGCUGGAAGUGAGCGAGUAGGAAAGGUAGAAACUGAAGGAGAAAGGCUGAAAGAAUCUCAGUUUAUCAAUAAGUCGCUUUCCGCACUCGGUGAUGUUAUCGCCGCACUUGCAUCAAAAACAAGCCACAUUCCUUACAGAAACUCAAAGCUCACUCAUAUGCUACAAAACUCUUUGGGUGGAGAUUGCAAAACAUUAAUGUUUGUUCAGAUUAGCCCGAGUUCUGCUGAUCAAGGAGAGACGCUUUGCUCAUUAAACUUCGCAAGCAGAGUUCGCGGAAUCGAAAGUGGACCUGCCCGGAAACAGACGGACGUGUCUGAACUCCUCAAGCUAAAACAAAUGACUGAGAAGCUGAAACAAGAGGAAAAAGAAACGAAGAAGUUGCAGGACAAUGUGCAAUCACUACAGCUACGCCUCACUGCUAGAGAGCACAUAUGCAAAGGACUUCAAGAUAAGGUUCGUGAUCUGGAAUUUCAAUUAGCAGAAGAAAGGAAAACCAGAAUCAAGCUGGAGACACGAGCUCUAGCCACUGCAUCAUCAACAACAACAUCUAGACAACCGAGAGAGGCACUACCGACGAUCACAGAGAAAAAGCCACCUUUGGCUCCAACAAGAUCAAUGAGAAUGCCACUCAGAAGAAUCACGAACUUCAUGCCCCAACAACCCUCUCAGGGACCUCCUCCUGCCAAGAGAUUCUCAGACGCAAAUCACGCAACAAGCAAAGAGAAUAACAAUGGUAACAAUAACAGCCUCAGAAGAUCAUCAUCAGUGGACAUCAAUGCACUAAUGAAACCAAGAAGAAGCUCCAUCGCAUUCAGACCAGCUCCUCCUCCACUAGCCAUUGCAACAGGUAAUAAUAAAACACUCCAGCCGAGAAGGAGAGUCUCUAUUGCAACACUGAGACCAGAACCAUCAUCGUCUUACAUGAUGAACAUGUCCACUCCAUCACGCGCUCCUUCUAUUUCUUCAUUCCGUGGUGGUAACCCGAGGAAGGCGAGAUACUCUAAUCUCUUCACUCCGGAUCGCAAUCUGGUGACUCCUAAUGCAAUGAAAAGCAGCAGCAGAUUCAACAAGAGCCCUGUUGUAGGAGGAGGAGGCAGCGCGUGGAAGCCGACCCAUCCCACGGUGGUUGCAUUGCAGAAGAAGGCUGUGGUGUGGAGUCCGCUUAAGUUCAGGAACAGAAGACCAUCUUUCAUACCGAGGCGAGCUUCUUCUGCUGCCACCGAUUUGGUCCGGAGGGAACAAUAGUGGUCUUUUGUUCACUGUCUUUGUGAAAGUGUUUGGUCUAUUACAUUCAGGCUGUCUGUUAAAAUAGGAUCUCGGUUGCUUUUUUUUCAAAAUUGCUUUCAUUCGAAGUGUUAACUACAACUCUAUUGAGACCUUUUGUGCUAUGGCUAUAUAUAUAUGUGAUGAAUU